UAUCAUCGACAUGGUUCAACCAAUAUACAAGUUCCUCCGCUUCGCUGAUCAGGACAAGAAGCCGAACAUGUGCGAAGUCGUGAUGGCCUACCAGACUAUGAAACAGGAGUUGCGUUUUUUCUUUGGAACAAAUGUUUCCACACUGAAAGAGUAUAUUGAGGUGGUGGACGAGAGGUUGGGUGACGUGUUCAUAGGCACGUAUGUGGGUCCAGCUGCUGUCCUAAAUCCGAGGUAUGCAUAUACGAUGGAUCCAACUCAACAAAUGUUUCGUGGACUCAAGGAUACAUUUCAGCGCAUGACGGAUCUCCAGAGCGCCGUCCAGGCAUUGUAGGAGUUUGACGUGUUUCGGCAGAAGGUUGGUGAGUA